AUGGACGAAACUGAGAUGCUGUUUGAAGAAGUCAGAAAAUAUGUAUUCUUAUUCGAUACAUCUCACCAAUAUUACAAAAAUGUUGUAAAAAAAGCAGAAGCAUGGACUAAAAUAUCGGAACAACUGGGAAUAACUAGUGAAUUGGCCAAAACUAAAUGGAAAAAUUUGCGUGAUUCCUAUAUGAGAUUCAAAAAAAGUGUAAAAGGAGAAACAGGGCAAGCUAAGAAAUACCAUAAAUGGCCAUGGAGUAGCCACAUGGAAUUUUUAGAUGAUACUCUCAAAUUUCGUCCUCCAAGCAGUAAUAUACCUGAUAUGUCAAUAGGAUCACCUAAUAGACCAGAAACACCACCACAGGCGGCACAGAGUUUAGAUACACAUGAAAGUAUUAUUUCUCCAAGUACCAAACAAAUGCCACCCCCUUUAACACCAUGGAAAAAACUUAAGUCACAUCAUGAAGUUAAUGACGUUGAAAAAGUUAUCGACUAUUUGCAAACAAAAAAAAGAACACAACUCGACGGUACUGAUCAUUUGUUUUUAAGUUACGCGGACACUUUUAAAAAAUUUCACCCUCAAAUACAAGCUGAACUUAAGAUAGAGCUUGCAACAUUAUUCGCAAAAACUGAAUUAAGAGAGCUACGUGAGCAAGUAAGACCAAUAUAUUAUAGUGACAAUUCAGCUACUAGUUCCCCAAAUUCUCAGUAUAGUUUUGAAUCACAGAGCCAGCCGGAUAAUCUUUCGUAUACAACGACGAGGGAUGUUUAUGAAAAUGCGAGCAACAUGGUUAUUGGAUUAGGGUUGCCUAACCCUAAUCAAUAUAUUAAUUAAGAAAUUUUACUGUCUAAUGUUAAAACUAAUAUGUUUUUAGUUUUUUU